AAGAAAUAAAAGCGGAACAAGCACAACAAUCCUGAAACGGAGCAAUGGCGCGUACGCUUAAAAACAAAACACCCUCUUAGGAUAGCUCAGUGCGAUCCAAAGUUGAAAUAUUUCAACCGACACAGCAGUGUCACUGCAGUUGAGUGUAAAAAAUGGACGAAAUUGCGAUGGAAUCGGCUGAGUCUUUUGGAUGUGAAGCUCAGCUCGGAGUCGCCGAAGCUUGGGAAACCGUCACAGCUGCUCUGAUGUCCGAGGGCAGCAGGCCAGAAGAUCGCGACCUGUCGGCCAGUGUGGAGGUGUUGUGCGGUCAGGGUGCCGCUCGGCUUCUUGCCAGUUGGCUGCUGGAGACGCUGCAGAUGCGCCUGUCCUCCUCAGUUGUUCCAGAGUUUUGGUGCGGACUCAAUCAGAUGGAGAAUGAAGUGGACGAGAGGGGUCGGGUCUGGGUUCUCCUCACCGCUUUCCGGACGUUGCUGGAACGACUGCAGCCGUUUUUGGUGGGCCUGGAGCAGUUGGGGGCGUGGCAAGAUGAGGACCCGUCUGAUGUGUGUGGCACGGGACCUCGGGGCCUCCAGGAGCGCGCCUUCACCAUCAUCAGAGGCUUGCUCCUCUUCCCGCCUUCGCAGCUUCUCCAAGACAGAGUGCUGGGCUUCUACAGCAGGACCUUCGCCGUCUACAUAGCGCGGAAGGGACAUGCCCACGGGGACAAUGAGGGGCGUGCCCCUGAGGUUGGCGAAUGCAGCGGAUGCGAGGUCCCCGUCGGCAAGUGUUGGUGUCAGGAAGCUCUCAAACAUCUGCAGGAGCUCGGCCACAUCCUGUCCAGGGUGGAGCUCUUGGAAUGGGUCAGCUGCGACGCCCUCACGUCCAUCUUGCACCGCCUCAUCGAGCAGUGGCUGGAGCAGCACUGCCGGGGCGAGUAUGAGCGAUCCUUUCUGGAUGACUUCCAACAGUGGUUGGAGCUGGUGGUAGGUUGGCUGGGUCAGGUGUUCUCCAGCCAGCAGGUCCGCGACAGUCCCCCGGAUCCCGCCGUGCCGGCGAGCUCGGUGCUGAAGCAGUGGCGUUGUCACAUGCAUCAGUUCUUCUGCAGGAUCUACGUCAACAUGAGGAUAGACGAGCUGUUCAGCAUCAUCCGAGAAUUCCCGGAAUCCAAAGCGGCAAUUGAAGACCUCAAGUUCUGUCUGGAACGAACCAACCAGCGCCAGCAACUCCUCACGUCGCUCAGGUCUACUUUUGAGAAUCGCUUGCUGCACCCUGGCGUCCACACGUCGGACAUCCUCACCGUUUAUAUCUCGGCCAUAAAGACCCUACGAGAACUGGACCCCUCCAUGGUGGUUCUGCAGGUGGCCUGCCAGCCCAUCAGGAAGUAUCUCAGGACGCGCGAAGACACGGUCCGCCAGAUCGUGGACGGUCUGACAGGUGACGCGGUGACGGGUUGCACCGACCUGGCCUCGGAGCUUUCCCGAGGCGACCCCGUCACAUUGGAGAUGCAGGACAGCGACGAGGAGGCCGGCGACCCUGAGAGCUGGACUCCCGACCCCACCGACGCCGUGGCCGACAAGUCGGGCUCCAAACGACGCUCGUCGGACAUCAUCAGCCUGCUGGUUAGCAUCUACGGCAGCAAGGACAUCUUCAUCAACGAGUACCGCACCGUGCUGGCCGACAGGCUGCUGCAUCAGCUCAACUACAACACCGCCAGGGAAAUCAGGAACGUGGAGCUGCUGAAACUUCGCUUUGGAGAAUCGCACAUGCACUACUGUGAGGUCAUGCUGAAGGACAUGGCCGACUCUCGCCGCAUCAACAGCAACAUCUGCGAGGAGGAAGAGGAGGAAGGGGAGGAGCCACGGCAGAAUGGGGAGGAUCCUCAGCCACCCUCGUGGCUCUCGGCCCUCAUCCUGUCUUCUGAGUUUUGGCCGCAGUUGAAGGAGGAAAAGAUGGAGAUGCCUGCCAUCGUGCAACGUGCCACCGAAGCCUACACGCGACGAUACGAGAAGCUCAAGGCCAUGCGGACUCUCAGCUGGAAGCCUCAUUUGGGCUCUGUCACACUGGACGUGGAGCUGGAGGACCGAACGGUCAGCAACGUCACCGUGUCGCCGCUGCACGCCGCCAUCAUCCUGCACUUCCAGGACAAAAGUAGUUGGACCUUAGAGGAGCUGAGCACUGCCCUGAGCGUCCCCAAGGAGGCGGUGCACAGGAAAUUGGCGCUAUGGCAGCAACACGGCGUCCUACGCGAGGAAAGCGCCGGCCGCUACUCGGUGCUAGAGACGGCGUCAUCCUGCAAGGACAAAACGGAGCGCGGCGCCGUCAUGAUGAUCGACAGCGACGACGAGCGCGACUCCAACACCACCACGCAGACGCAGCAGAAAGAGGAGAAGAUGCAGCUGUUCUGGGCGUACAUCCAGGCCAUGCUGACUAACCUGGACAGCAUGACGCUGGAGCGCAUCCACUCCAUGCUUCGGAUGUUUGUGGUGUCGGGACCCGCCGUCACCGAGAUGGACGUCGCAGAGCUGGAGGCCUUCCUGCAGCGCAAGGUCCGCGAGCACCAGCUCGUCGUCUCCGCCGGCGUCUACAGGCUGCCCAAGACCACCUGACCAAAAGGGGGUGGGCGCCACCGCCUUGCUCACGAAGAAAUUAGGAUUCCUGCAACUUCAUGAGUGCCUCUGCUCAUUUUUCUCCAAAUAGACAUUUUUUUUGGUUUUGAGAUAAGGGGAAAUUUGAGGCAAGUGCACUUCCGAUUCAUACCACUAGAAAGCAGCAUCACACUCAAGGAAAGAUAGCCAAAUCAUUAGGUACAUACAUGAGGUUAACUUCAUCAGUUAGUUUGGCCAAACCAUUUUGGAUUCAAGACUUUAUUUGUACAGUUGCUAAGCAACAGAAUUAAGUUUAAAAAAAACACAGUUAGGCCACUGGUCACGUUUGUGUUAAGUGUGUGCACAGAUUAUGGCACACAGUAAGUGCAAAUAAAACGUUUGUUCUGCCA